UCUCUGUAGAAAAUGCUCUGCCGUUGAGCAUUUCCUUUUAAGUCACACUAUAGUCUACUUCAGAUCUUCAACCCACAACCUCUAUAUUGAUAGAUACAUGUGUACGUACUGAGAUCUUGAAUUUCUGUUCGAAUUAACUUAUGGGUCACUUGAAUCUCCCUUCAUCGAAGCGUAAUGUGAAGCCAUGGCGUUUGUUAGAUAUAGUAACUGCAAUUUUCUUUGGAGCAGUGUUGCUUUUCUUCCUGUUAGUGUUUACCCCAUUGGGGGACUCCUUGGCGGCAUCGGGGAGGCGGACUUUGUUGAAGUCAUCGGGUUCGGAUCCGAAGAACCGGGGGAGGCUGGUGGCGCUGGUGGAAUUUGGGCAGCAGGCGGCGUCUAUUGAUGCGUGCCCGGCUGAGUUGGUGGAUCAUAUGCCCUGUGAGGAUCCCCGGCUGAACAGUCAGCUUAGUAGGGAGAUGAAUUAUUACAGAGAAAGGCAUUGCCCCCGGCCGGAGGAGACGCUGCUCUGCUUGGUCCCCCCGCCUGAUGGGUACCGCAUUCCGGUCCACUGGCCGGAGAGUUUGCAAAAGAUAUGGCAUGAUAACAUGCCAUAUAGUAAAAUAGCUGAGAGAAAAGGCCACCAAGGAUGGAUGAAAAAAGAAGGCCCAUAUUUCAUAUUUCCUGGUGGUGGCACGAUGUUCCCAGAUGGAGCACUGCCAUAUAUUGAGAAACUUAAACAGUAUAUACCUAUAACUGGCGGAGCUUUGAGAACAGCUCUCGAUAUGGGAUGUGGGGUUGCUAGUUUUGGAGGAUACAUGCUUGCUGAAGAUAUUUUAACUCUUUCUUUUGCCCCGAGAGAUUCACACAAAUCACAAAUACAGUUUGCUUUAGAAAGAGGAAUACCAGCAUUUGUUGGGAUGCUUGGCACUCGCAGACUUCCAUUUCCUGGUUUCUCUUUUGAUUUGGUGCAUUGCUCGCGCUGCUUGAUUCCUUUUACUGCAUAUAAUGCAACAUAUUUUCUUGAAGUUGACCGAUUACUUCGCCCAGGAGGCUACCUUGUCAUAUCUGGUCCCCCCAUACAAUGGCCUAAACAAGAUAAAGAAUGGGCUGAUCUCCAGGCAGUAGCCAGAGCAUUGUGUUACGAGCUCAUUGUAGUGGAUGGAAACACUGCCAUAUGGAAAAAGCCUAAUGGCGAUUCAUGUCUCCCUAAUCAAAAUGAAUUUGGGCUUGACUUAUGUGAGGAAUCUGAUGACCCUAGUGUUGCAUGGUACUUUAAGUUGAAGAAAUGUGUGAGCAGGAUGUCUUCUGCGAAGGGAGAAUAUGCGGUUGGGACAAUUCCAAAAUGGCCAGGGAGAUUGGUAAAGGCUCCUUCGAGGGCCAGUGUGAUGAAAAAUGGAAUCGAUGUGUUCGAAGCUGAUAACCGGAGAUGGAUGAGAAGGGUCACUUACUAUAAAAAUACGCUAAACUUGAGACUAGGAUCUCCAUCCAUACGAAAUGUCAUGGACAUGAAUGCAUUUUUCGGUGGUUUUGCUGCUGCACUAAUAUCAGAUCCUGUCUGGGUUAUGAAUGUUGUCCCAGCUCGCAAGCCUUCAACACUUGAUGUCAUAUUUGACCGUGGUCUUAUUGGAAUGUACCACGAUUGGUGCGAACCUUUCUCAACAUAUCCUCGGACUUAUGAUUUCAUCCAUGUAGCUGCAAUUGAAUCUCUUAUCAAGGAUCCCAUCUCUGGGAAGAGCAGAUGUAACCUUGUGGAUUUGAUGGUGGAAAUUGAUCGAAUUUUGCGUCCUGAAGGGACAGUAUUGGUCCGUGAUUCUCCAGAAGGGAUUGACAAAGUAGAGCGUAUUGCUCGUGCUAUAAGAUGGAAAACCUCUAUACAUGAGAAAGAACCAGGGUCACAUGGAACGGAGCAGAUUCUUGUAGCCACAAAGACCUUCUGGAAGCUACCUUCAUCGAACUGACACUCUUCCUGUUAAUUGUAAUAUAGUUACUCUCUAUCUACCUUUGUUUCUUUUCCUUCAUGGUCAAGCAAAUCCAUGUAUUGGAGACUGCAGUUUCCUUUGUGUUCUUGGUCAAGUGGCAAAUCCAUGUAUUGAAGACUGCAGUUUCUUUUGUGCCCUUCGUAUUAUUUCACUUAAAAUAGGUAGUAAUUACAGGAUGUGCAACUUGUAAUAAGGUGGAAAGACCUGUGGAAUUUACGCUUAAAUAUUGUAAAGAGCGCGGCGGUUAACUACUAUCUACUGUUAUUGUUGUUAUGUGAUAGCACUCAUUUAUUUAUUCUUGUAAUAUCAGAAAAGCAAUGGACAUUCAUGUAC